UCUUCAAUCACAAAUCAUAUUCCUCCUUCUUCUCAUGACAUUCUGAGUUUCUAUUCACGUUAACCUUAAUUUCUCCGAAAAAAAUGGCCGUGGAACUCAUGGUGUUCCCGAAACUCGACGAGCAAAAGGCCAUACAAGAGGCUGCAUCGGAAGGCCUCAAUGGCAUGGAGCACCUGAUCCGAAUCCUCUCCCAUCAACCAACUCACUUAAACACAGACCUCACAGACGGCACCGUUUUAAAGUUCAAAAAACUCAUCUCCUUGCUAAACCGAACCGGUCACGCCCGGUUCAGGCGAGCACCGGUUCACCGCUCCUCUUCUUCGCCUACCACUACCUCAUCCUCCUCCCUCCCUCCGCUGCCGCAACUGCAAGCGUUGAACAUAUCUCCGCCGCCGCAGUUCACUUCUCCGGCGCCGGUGGCCGUCCACCCCGCUCCGGCGAGCUUCGUCCCUGCGCAGCCGCAGAGCUUGACGCUCGAUUUCACGAAGCCUAAUAAUCACAUCUUGAGCUCUAAUGCCAAAUCAAUGGAGCUCGAGUUCUCGAAGGAGACGUUCAGCGUCUCCUCGAAUUCAUCUUUCAUGUCCUCCGCCAUCACCGGAGACGGCAGUGUCUCCAACGGCAAGCAGGGAUCGUCGAUCUUCCUGACGCAGUCGGCAGCGCCGGCAGCGUCCGGCGGAAAACCUCCGCUGUCAUCGGCGCCGUUCAAGAAAAGGUGCCACGACCAUCGAGCUCACUCCGACAACAUCUCCGGCUCCAGCAAGUGCCACUGCAUCAAGAGAAGGAAAAAUCGGAUGAAGAAGACUGUGAGAGUGCCGGCGAUUAGUUCGAAGAUCGCCGAUAUACCUGCCGACGAGUACUCGUGGCGAAAAUACGGUCAGAAACCUAUCAAGGGAUCGCCGUACCCACGAGGCUAUUAUAAGUGCAGUACGGUGAGAGGGUGCCCAGCGAGGAAACACGUGGAGCGUGCACCGGAUGAUCCGGCGAUGUUGAUCGUGACGUACGAAGGGGAGCACAGGCACACGAUUCAUGCCGCGAUGCAGGAGAACGCAGCCGGGGUUGUGGGUUUGGUAUUCGAGUCAACGUAGAGAGGGUGGAAUAAUAAAUAAAAAAAGGAAAAAAAAAGGUUGGGAGUGGAGGACUUUUAUUUAAAAAAUAUUUUUUUUUGUAGGAAAAGAAAAAUAUUGAGUGUGAGUUAAGGUGGGGGCACCGUUUGUAAAUUUGCUUUGAUUUGUUAUAUUAUAGUGAUCGAAAAAACUGGAAUCUAAAGUAAAGUCUAUCUCCUCGCCAAUGUCUUGCAAGUUAUGAUUAUUUUAUGAUUUCGUAUUGGGAGAAGGUGGUA